AUGGAUUUUAUGGUGUCCACAAGCACUGCACAAGAAGGGUUUAGCUUGAUUCAACAGUUUCACCGCGAGUCUAAGCCAAGUAGUAAGCUUGAUGUUAAGUCUAGAAUCUCUCUUGGGUCACGAAAAAGGAACCAACUUGUUCUCACCUUCGCUUCCUCUAAAGUAGAGAGCUCUGGUCUCAACGGUAGAGCUCAAAAGUUCGAAACUUUAUCCUCUGGGGUUAACAACAGUAACGGUAACGGUCAUUACAGCUCUGCCCACUCAUCUUUCGCCUUGGAAGAUGUCGAGAGUAACAACCAUUUACGUCAGCUAGUUAGAACCGGUGAACUCGAGGAAGGGUUUAAGUUCUUAGAGAACAUGGUUUACCACGGGAACGUCCCCGACAUCAUCCCUUGCACGACUUUGAUUCGUGGGUUCUGUAGGAUGGGGAAGACGAAGAGAGCUGCGAAGAUCUUGGAGAUUCUUGAAGGCUCUGGAGCUGUCCCCGAUGUUAUAACUUAUAAUGUGAUGAUUAGUGGAUACUGUAAAGCAGGGGAGAUUAGUAACGCUUUGAGUGUUCUCGAUAGGAUGAGUGUUUCUCCUGAUGUUGUUACUUACAAUACUAUAUUACGUUCUCUUUGCGAUAGUGGGAAGCUUAAGCAAGCCAUGGAGGUUCUUGAUAGGCAGCUUAAGAGGGAUUGUUAUCCUGAUGUGAUUACUUAUACGAUAUUGAUUGAAGCUACUUGUAAAGAGAGUGGUGUUGGUGAGGCGAUGAAGCUUGUGGAUGAGAUGAGGGAGAGAGGGUGUACUCCUGAUGUUGUGACUUAUAAUGUUCUUGUGAAUGGGAUAUGUAAAGAAGGGAGGUUGGAUGAAGCGAUUAAGUUCUUGAAUGACAUGCCUUCUUAUGGAUGUCAGCCUAAUGUGAUUACGCAUAAUAUUAUUCUGAGGAGUAUGUGUAGCACGGGGAGAUGGAUGGAUGCGGAGAAGCUUCUUGCUGAUAUGCUGCGUAAAGGCUUUUCACCGAGUGUUGUCACUUUCAAUAUUUUGAUUAACUUCUUGUGUAGAAAAGGUUUGCUUGGGAGAGCUAUUGAUGUUUUGGAGAAGAUGCCUAAACAUGGGUGUCAGCCUAACUCUUUGAGUUACAAUCCUUUGCUUCAUGGGUUUUGCAAGGAGAAGAAGAUGGACAGAGCUGUUGAGUAUCUGGAGAGGAUGGUCUCUCGUGGCUGUUACCCUGACAUUGUGACUUACAACACUAUGUUAACAGCUUUGUGUAAAGAUGGGAAAGUUGACGAUGCGGUUGAGAUACUUAACCAGCUUAGUAGCAAGGGAUGUUCACCUGUGCUAAUCACUUAUAAUACUGUUAUUGAUGGGCUUGCGAAAGCUGGGAAGACAGGGAAGGCGAUAAAGCUGCUAGACGAGAUGCGUGCAAAAGAUCUAAGGCCUGAUACUAUCACCUAUUCAUCUCUUGUUGGAGGUUUGAGCAGGGAAGGGAAAGUAGAUGAAGCUAUUAAGUUUUUCCAUGAGUUUGAGAGAAUGGGGGUUAGGCCAAACGCGGUUACGUUUAACUCUAUAAUGCUGGGACUCUGCAAGACUAGGCAGACGGACCGUGCCAUUGAUUUCUUGGUUUAUAUGAUCAACAGAGGGUGUAAACCGACUGAAACAUCGUACACGAUUCUGAUAGAAGGUAUAGCUUAUGAAGGUAUGGCAAAGGAAGCUCUGGAGCUGCUCAAUGAGCUUUGUAACAAGGGACUGGUGAAGAGAAGCUCAGCUGAGCAAGUUGCAGGGAAAUGUAGCAGUAAGUAA